GGAGCCCCUUGCGGGGACCCCUCGCCAAGGGCUGGGGAGUCAGGAGGGACACGACUUUCUGAGCAGGAUAGUUCGGGGAUGGAUCCCAGCCCGCUGGCACGAGAAAGGGGGAAUGAGGGGUGGCCCUGAAACUGGCAGGUUAAUGUGUAGCAUGGAGUCCCUCAUGUGCCCUGCUCAAUGAGGUGCAUACAUCACCUUGCCCUAAGAUUGCUGCUAGUAUCUUUGUUUAGAUACAGGUAGUUUCCUCUCCAUAUUUACUGUAGGUUUGGUACAAUAAUAACAGAUGUAACUAUCUGUAUACCAAACCUCAUACUGACAGAAAUGUUUCAUACUUAGUUUAAAAACAUGAGCGAAACCAUUUUUUGUUUACCUUCAGACAUUCUCCAUGUCACGUUUGCAACUUGGAAAUUAUAGUACUGUGAACGAGAAAUAGAGGAUGGAUAGCUAGCUAGGCAGGCAGUGCACACAACUGUUUUCAUGAGCCACCUGAAGUGAAAUGUACACAUUAAAGAGCAAACAUAGUGGGAAAGAAAAAAAUGAUUUUUAAAACACAGCUGAUUUUAAUAUUUUUCAAGGCUGUUAGAAAACAGAUUAUUGACAAGGAGAUUAACCCAUUUGUGGACAAAUGGGAAGAAGAAGGUCAAUUUCCAGCACACAAAGUAUUUAAAAUUCUAGGACAAGCUGGAUUCCUUGGAGUUAACAAACCAACAGAAUAUGGUGGCAUGGGCUUGGACUUCUCCUAUAGCAUUGCAGUGGCAGAGGAACUGGGAAAUAUCCACUGUGGGGGAGUUCCUAUGGCUAUCGGAGUGCAAACUGACAUGGCUACACCAGCUCUAACAAGAUUUGGUUCUGAUGAGCUGAAACGACAGUUCCUUGUACCAACUAUAGCUGGAGAAGUAGUGGCUUGUUUAGGAGUCAGUGAACCUGGAGCAGGGUCAGAUGUUGCAAGUAUCAAAACAACAGCAGUAAGAAAAGGCGAUGACUAUGUCAUAAAUGGUGGCAAGAUGUGGAUUACUUCAGGAUGUCAAGCUGACUGGAUGUGCCUGCUGGCAAAUUCCAGUGAAGGACCUCCCCACCAAAAUAAAUCUCUUAUAUGUCUACCAAUGAACCUACCAGGUGUUUCCAUUGCUAAAAAGAUAGACAAGAUGGGUAUGAGGUCAUCAGACACAGCACAGAUCUUUUUUGAAGAUGUCAGAGUUCCCAGCAAAUACCGAAUUGGGGAGGAAGGAAUGGGCUUUACAUACCAGAUGUUGCAAUUCCAGGAAGAGCGUUUAUGGGCAGUAGCCAACAUCCUGGCACCAAUGGAAAAUGUGAUACAAGAAACUAUUGACUAUACUCGCCAACGGAAAAUAUACAACCAGCCAGUACUGCAUAACCAAACAGUGCACUUUCGCCUGGCAGAAUUAGCAACUGAGGUGGAACUUGUUCGCUCUCUGCUCUACCAGGCUGUUGCUCUCUAUAUCAGAGGCAAUGAUGUGACCAAAUUUGCUUCCAUGGCUAAACUAAAGGCAGGUCGUCUAGCCCGUGAGCUGAGUGAUAAUUGCCUCCAGUUCUGGGGAGGAAUGGGAUUCACCAAUGAGGUGCUAGUGAGCAGACUUUACAGAGACUCAAGACUACUGUCAAUAGGGGCUGGUGCAGAUGAAGUCAUGCUUUCCAUUAUAUGCAAAUAUAUGGAAACUCUUCCACAAAAGAAGUAACACCCAGCAACAGUUACAUUUCUUCAUUGAAAAUUCAUGAGAGAGAUACAGUAUAUUGAUUACGUACUGAAAGAAUAAGCAAUAUAUUUAAGGUGAAAUUUAAGUGAAAUUUUCUAGCAUUUAUGCCAAUGAUCUACUAGUUAGUGCCUUUGUAUACAAAAUUUCUUGUACCAUAACUUUUAAAUUAAAUACUGAAAUUAAAAGAAAGUAAUCUGAAAA